CCCAAUAUAAUUUUCAUUUGACAAACGAGUUUCAUUCUGAAGGAGCAGCAAAUAUAAUUAGCAAGAAUUAACAUACCUGCACGAUGAACAUCCGCUGCGCCAGGCCAGAGGACUUCCUGAGCAUGCACCACUGCAACCUGCUGUGCCUGCCCGAGAACUACAAAAUGAGGUACUAUCUCUGCAUAGGUACCACCUGGCCGCAGCUCAGUUACGUGGCCGAGAACGAGGAGGGCGGCAUCGUGGGCUAUGUCUUGGGCAAAAUACUGGAGCCGGACCCGAUCGACGGUCGGUGUGGCCACAUCCUUUCGCUGGCGGUUAAGCGCUCCUACCGCCGGCUUGGUCUGGCCCAAAAACUAAUGGACCAGGUCUCGCAGGCCAUGGUGGAGUGCUUCAAUGCGCAGCAUGUGUCGCUUCAUGUGCGCAAGAGCAACCGAGCUGCCCUGAGCCUUUACACCAAUUCGCUUCAGUUCAAGAUCCAGGUGAUAAAGCCCGGGUUCUACAGGGAUGGUGAAGAUGGCUAUAACAUGCGGCGGGACCUUAAAGGAUUUGCCAGCAUGGAGCAGGGGGAUGAGAAGGCGGGCGGAGAUCAGGUCUCGCAUAUAUUCAGUGGACAAGGACUCUGCCACAGCCACCAAGGACAUGACGGUCAUUGUUGCUGAAUACUGCAAUUAGAUAAAAAAAAAUGUAAUAAAAAAUAUUUUAAAUUAA